ACGGUGCUUUGAGUCUUUGGCAACUCCGAUCAGAGUCGUCUCUUCGAGUCGACUCGGACGGACACGAUACAUGGGACAGUGACAAACCCCUGGAAGUGCCUUUCGAACGUGGCUGUUCUCCGCUGCGGCAGAUCCAGACUCCGGAGCUCCUCUGACGAAAGAAGAGAGAAGAAGAAAAUCCAAGAAUGGCAGUCACCACUUGGUGACCUCCCCAUUCCACUGCGAGUGACCUGUGUAGUUCAUUAGAAGAGCUUGAGGCGGGAAGGGGAGAAGGAGGAGGGAGAAAUAGUAAGGCUUAGAAGGGGGUGAGUGGGAGACGAAGAGACAAAUGGAGAGGGUGAACGAGGCUAUGUCGAGGGUGAAGACACUGAUAGGGAUGGAGGUGGAGGAUCCCGAGGCUCAGGAAGCUAACGCGUCCCUCAUAGAGGAUUUCAACAGGAAUUGCACCCUCUCCACCAAACAGAGGCUUUAUGGAUUUGCUGUUUGCUUCGUCGCUGGUGUAGCAUGUACACUUCUGUCGAUGAUUGUGUUUUUGAAUCCCAUCAAGUUUGCUACGAUGUUCACUUUAGGAAAUCUGCUUGCACUUGGCAGCACAGCUUUUCUUAUGGGCCCUAAAAGACAAAUGAGAUUGAUGGUUGAUCCAGUGCGUGUGUAUGCAACUGGUGUAUAUAUUGGGAGCAUCAUCAUUGCACUGUUAUGUGCUCUUUAUGUCCGGAGCAAGCUUUUGACUCUUCUUGCUAUCAUCCUUGAAUUCGGUUCACUAGUUUGGUAUAGCUUGAGCUACAUUCCAUUUGCACGAUCAAUGGUUUCCAAAGUCUUGAUGGCCUGCUUUGACACAGAAUUCUAGAUUUGGUUUCCAAGGUUCAUGAUAAUGGGCACUUGCGCUUUGAAAUCUUUUCUGCAGGGUUUUGGCAUCAUGAUACAAUCAUUUCCUCUGCAUUGAGGAUCUCUUGUAAGAUUUUACCCAGGCAUGUAAAAUUGCACAUUUGAAUUUUUUCUGGUGGAUGCUUUUCUUUUCCUGGUUAUAAGAAGGAACACUAUUAUUUCCUUUAUGAAA